CUGUCUGUUAUAGCAAAGCGGGCUUUUCGAAAUGAUUUAAGAUUUAAAGUUUUAUAAGGAAAUAAUUUUAUUUAAUAGCUCAAUAAAUAUAAAUAAUAGUGAAAUAAUAAUUAUUCUAUAAUAAUAUUGACUAAAAUAUGGCUAAAAUUCAGCCGAAAACCGCAAUCAGUGUAAAUGAUUUUGAGGUGCUCGGCGUUAUUGGCUCUGGUUCGUAUGGUACUGUGAAAAAAGUUAUGAGAUUAAAAGAUAAAAAGAUAUUUGUUUGGAAAGAAUUAGACUACUCUUCGGCCUCUGAAAGUGACAAACAAAUGCUGGUUUCCGAAGUCAACUUGUUGAGAGAGUUGAAGCAUGAAAAUAUCGUGAAAUAUGUGGACAGGAUAAUUGACAGAAAAAAAUCUAUUCUUUUCCUAAUUAUGGAGUAUUGUGAGGGCGGGGAUCUCGCGUCAUACAUUGCUAAAGUUAAAAAAGAGGGAAGCACAGUUGAAGAGCAAUUUAUCUGGAAAGUGUGUUAUCAGCUAACCCAGGCCAUCAAAGAAUGUCAUUCAAGAUCGAAAUAUGGGCGUUCAGUCUUACAUAGAGAUUUGAAACCGGCAAAUAUAUUUUUAGACUCGCAAUUAAACGUUAAACUAGGCGAUUUUGGACUGGCCAGGGUCCUGAAACAUGAAACCAGCUUUGCUAAAACAUGCGUUGGAACACCGCUCUACAUGUCACCAGAGCAAAUGUCAGGAAUGGAAUACAAUGAGAAAUCAGAUAUGUGGGCCCUGGGGUGUUUGUUGUACGAACUGUGCUCUCUCAGGCCUCCGUUCGUUGCCAACAACCAAAUUGAGUUAGCUGCCAAAAUUUGCAUGGGCAAGUUUGAUAGGAUUUCCAAAAAUUAUUCAAUCAAGCUCUAUUCUCUUAUCUGCAGUCUUCUUGAUGUCGAUGUUGAGAAGCGGCCGAGCAUAGAGGUUCUCCUGCAGAACUCUGCCCUCCUGAACUAUCAUGCAUCCAACGAAAACAACAAGAUGCAACAACAUCAGCAGCAGCAAAACGAGUUGGAUAACAUGAGAGAGGAGAUUGCACAGUUGAAAAAUGAUCUCCUGGUGAAAAAAUUAGAACUGAAAAAACGAGAAAAAGAUAUCGAAGUGAAGGAAAAGGAGAUUGAAAAAAGGCUGACCGACAUUGAAGCAGAGAAAAGAAUAUAGCUGUAGUUGAAAAAUUAGUCCAAGACCGCAUGUCGAGAUCUUCUCAAUUAAUUUCCAGAGCAGAAAAACUGAUGCAGAUAUACUCGGCAGCUGAUGAGAAAACUAACGUGCCUUCGUACCAUUGCAACAAAAAUUACAACAACAUCAAUAAAAUUAACAACAACGAAAAGUCUAGCAACGACAUGACACUCGUGCCAAGCAACUGCAGCCGCAUUGUAUCACCGACUGCACAAGAAAUGACGUACAUAGGCGGGAAUAAAAGAAAGCAGAGAUUAAAUUCAUUAGGCAACACAUACGAGAAGCAUUCGUCCAUCCU